AUGGCUUCCAAGCAGAUGCUCGUCAUCGCCAUCGCCAUGGCCAGCAUCGCUGUCGCCUUCCUUCCGGGGCUCUCCGUCGCCACGGAACACGUGGUCGGCGACGAUAAGGGCUGGGGCCUCUAUUUCAACUACACGGCAUGGGCUGAGACCAAUCAGUUUGUGGUCGGCGACACGAUAGUGUUCGAGUACGGGACCGCCAACCACAACGUGGUGGAGGUGGGCGGGCCGGAUUUCCUCGCUUGCAACCAGCCGGACAAUGCCGUCGUCUGGACCUCCGGUGAGGACCGGCUCGCGCUCGACAAGGCCGGACCGCGGUGGUUCUUGUGCGGCAUGGACCAGCACUGCGAGAAAGGGAUGAGGCUCAAGAUCACCGUCCUCGAGACCGCCCCACCGGCUCCCCAACCCAAGCCCCCGUUGGAUGCUCCACCGCCGUCCAGCCCCGCUGGCAAGCUGGAGUUGGGCUUCGGGGACGCGGCUGCCGUGGUCACCGCGCUCGCCGUGGCCGUGCUCGUGCUCUAGGCUCCCACUCCAUCGACGAGAUUUCUAGUACAGAUGUGAGCAGUGGCGGAUCCAGGAUUUGAUGUUACCCGGGGCAAACUUUAAAGAGAAAAAACUAAAAUCAAAGCUGCCUACUACACCAUCAAAUAAGUAAAUCAACAAAAUUAAUUAGCCAAGUUCUAUUAUAC